UUCAGUUUCUGACAAUAAGAUUACUGAUACAAAUACUGAACCUACGCAGCCUUUAUCUAAUGAAGAUCAAGCUGCAGGCACAAGUAAAAAUGCAGCAGCUAACCGUAGACGAAAGCCAGGAUCAAAGUUCACAAGAGGCGAAAAAUGCUUAUUUACCCACAUAGUGGUGACUUUUGCCAUCAUGUUAGUCCUGUUUAUAAUUUUUGUGGUGCAUUUGUUCGUGGUGAAACAUCAUGGGAAUGAGAUUUUUCAUGGCGUAACGAAGAGGAGAGCAGCUAAAGAGGAGUCAGAUCCCCAAUCUGUAGGCGUGGUAUACGUUCUACCGGACUAUUACAUGUGCAACUCCCUACUCUUACGUCCGCGAUGGUCAUUGGCACCAGCGCACUGCGUGGCUGCCCGGUCUGACCCGGAUUUGGCAUAUGCUCUACCUAGUUGGCGAAUAAUGUAUGAUCUAAAUAUUGAACCGGACGAGAAGGGUGCGGAUUUUUCAGAUAUAUUGAUAACUCGUGGCGUACCACAUCCUCAUUUCAACAGAGACGACUUUCAAAAUAAUAUAGGACUUUUCCGACAUGAGGAUGCUAUACAUGUACUGUCGAAUGUGUAUAUGAGUGACGUCUCUUUGAACGAUUACACGCUUAAGACUUACGCAAACGAUUUAAAUUUGAUCAGUUGGGAAGACUCAUGGCAACUACACGGUCAAGUCGUACAAAAUCCCGUUCAACCGUUGUCGCCGGAAAAAUGUAAGCAGUACGUUUCUCCAGUCGUGGAUAUCAGGGAUUACGAACAUUGUGUAACAAUGACGGAAAGACGGAACGUGACUAUAGUUCCUGGAGCAAUAUUGGCGAUGAAAUCUGAAUACGUGGGGAUGUUUACGUGGGGUGACUCCAAAGGCAGAGGGCUACCGUUCGUAAUAUUGGACUUAGCACACUAUAAAGACUGGAUAACAUACAUUGUUUCUGCGAGAUAAACACCGUUAUAUUUCACUCUCAAUUUUUUUACUUUGUAUAAAGAAUGUGUGAAUAAAGACUGA